AUGGACGAAUUCGGCCUCCCCUCCCAUCCCUCCCUCGCCUCAUCCUCCGACAUCCUUACCCACCGCUCCUCGUCUGCGACCCUCCGGCCACCCAUGGCGAGCCACCGGAAUAGCUAUCGAGACAGCAUGGUCAAGGCGCCCUCGCCGCUCCGCCAUCAGGUGGAUGAGCCGCCCGUCGAGAGGCCAUGGAUGGAGCGCGUGCAUAGCGUGAUGGGUGCAGGCGGAAUGCACACCCCGCCAGGGAGUCCAGAGGAGGUGCAGCGUGAGAAUCAGGGAGUGCAGACGGUGACGUCCAAGGAGAAGAAGAGGGGGUCGAUAUUCAGCCUAGCGAGCUUCGGCCGUAAACAGUCGGCGCCGGCGGUGACGGUCAGCGAGAGCAGACCUCAGACGCCUCGUGCGGACAGCAGUCCCAUGACCCCACCAACGUCCCCUUACCGCGACCUGCGCUCAAGCCGGUCGUCACCCGCUCUCGGGCCAAACUCCGCUCGCGCUUCCAAUGCGCGCAUUCCCCCAUCCCCUCGACCUGCUCCCUCACACCGUCCAUCUGGCCUCUGGGCAUCUCCUCCCUCGUCGCCUCUCGCCGGAUCGGAGCACCGCCGUCCAGCUUCGCCCUCCCUGCGUGGCGCAUCCCCGGUACCACCACCCAAAUCCGCACCUGCUUUUGCCGACAGCAAUGCUCCAGCCUUCUCACGCGCCGCCCUGCGCAAAUCAGGCGUCAUCAUGCCCGCAGCGGCCAUCCCUAUGCCGCGUCGGUCCCCAUCCACCCCAAGCUUAUCGCCCAGCAGCUCGUCCUCCUCUAUCGCCUCGUCCCUCUCAUCCAAUUCAUCCAGCCUCGGCUGUCGCUCACCCCAAAUCCAAGCGGCGGAGUCGGACUUUGCACCACCUCGGGCGGGUUUCAUGCGCCGCCCAUCCUCACUAUCCCUAUCCACAUCACCAUCCUCCUCGUCGGAAUCCGUCGCCACCAUCACGUCGUAUUCACCAGUCGAGGCGGACUCCCGGGCGUAUGAUCAGGGCGGUUACGCCUCGGGGGCUCUAGGGAUGGGAGCAGGAAAGAUGGGGAAGGAGGACAGGAGGGACUCUGGUAGGAUGGAGGAAAGGGCAGGAAAGAAGGAGGGCAAGGGGGCGGUGAUGAAAGGGUUCGGGCGGAUGUUUGGGAUGAAGAAGAAGUAG